AUGGAGGCUGUGAAGACACUUGCAAUAAUACUAUGGGUAGCUACAAAUUGUUCUUGUCAGGUAAUUGGUUACUCACUUGAUAAUGAUAAACACAACUGCUCAGAUAUUAAUGAGUGUGAGACUGAUAAUGGAGGUUGUGAACAAUCUGUAUUUAAUACAGUGCCAUUCUUUAAUUGUUCUUGCCAGUCUGGCUUCAGAUUAGUUAAUGAUAAAUUCUGUUCAGACAUUGAUGAGUGUAGUGAGGGUAUUUCUGGCUGUUCUCAACUGUGCAUUAAUACCAUUGGAAGCUAUAGCUGCAUAUGUCAUAUUGGAUACCAACUUGACAGUUAUAACCACACUUGUCUUGAUAUUGAUGAGUGUUCACAAGAUAUAUCUGGAUGUACUCAAGAUUGUGUUAAUAGUGUUGGUAGCUAUUUGUGUAUCUGUAAAAAUGGAUAUUAUUUAGACAAUGAUAAUCAUACCUGCUUAGACAUAGAUGAAUGUUCACUCAAUGUAACAAGAUGUACUCAAGGUUGUCAUAACAGUGUUGGUAGUUAUCAGUGUACAU